UGUCAUGGCGGCAGAGCUCUCAGGGUGGAAGUCGCUGGGCUGCAGAGGCGCCGACAUGUUCUCACUUCUGGACCAAAACAAACCAUGAGAUGAGCGAUAAACCCUCUAAAAACUGACACACACCUGGAAGAGCGCGCCAUCAUGCAUCCGUUCGGCCGAGAGGAGCAGAGUUCUGUGCAGGACCUGUUUGUCUUUUACACUCGGUGUUUAAGGCAUGGCGAGUGGGAACUGGCUGCUGCUUGUGUUCGACAGCUCCGUCAGGCUGCAGGAGAUGUGCUGCAGCAUCCUGAUGACAUCAUGGCUGCAGUGAUCGCACAGCCGUAUCAACUUGUGUGGGAGACAAUGGGAACUCCUCACAGACUUGCUUGGUUCUGGCUGCAGGUGCUGGAGAAACACGCCAAAGACAAGGUGUCUCCCACAGUCCGGAGAGAACUGGCCUUCCUGCUGAUUUUAGAAGAACUUGGAGAGGAAGUGCCUCAUUCUGUUUUAAAGGAACUCCAUCAGGCCUUCCUGGAGUCCGAGCGUGUCGAACCCAAGGACUCUCCCUCUGUUACUCCCCUGAGUGAUGCUGCUCUCUCCUCCAUCCGCUCCCUCCUCUCUGAGCGUAGCCCACGUCUGACUCACGCCUUGAUUGGCUUCCUGAAACACACGAACGCAUCCAGUGUCUUCCUCCAGCAUCUCCUAGACCUCGUGAAGGAGAAGGAGGGCAAGAGGAGUCAGAGAUGGGCAGAGGAGGUGUGCAGUGCUCUGGCUCUUGCUCCGUGUACAGCAGCAGAGUUGGAGCAGCUGUGGGUGGGGCUAUGGCAGGCAAGGGAGGGGCUUCUAAGUGAGGAGAGGAUGAUGGGGUGUCUGCUCAGACCUCAGAGUCACACUCUUCUGAUGGGAUACUGUGCCACAGCUCUCCGGCUCAACAGGGCCAGACUGCUCCAAGAAGUAACAAACACACAAGUGGAUUUACCUGAAGCAGAGAGGCUCAUGCUUGGCCUGUGUUGUCAUGGUGACCGUCACACAGCUUGGAAAGCCAUUUACUUUGAGUGUUUGAGCAGUGGAAAGCACUUUCUGGAGCAAGUCCUGGUCACGGGGCUUGACCUAAUAAAAAAGGAGGAUUUUUCUAACCUUGAGGCAUUGCUUGGGGCGGAGUUUCAGCCACUGUCCCGCCUCCUUCUUUUGCUGGGAUGGAAACGCUGCCAGAGCCUUAAGUCGGCCCACGGGCUCCUCAGGAUUCUGCACCAGCAACGGGCCAAAGACGCUGUCCUCAGCGAGUUUGCAAACAUCCUGUCUUCUCAAUUAAGGGUGUUGGAGUGGUGUGCUGAAAACAACCGUGAGAUCUCCCAUGAGGCCUUGCUGUCUCAGCUGCACAACCUGGAUCAUCACUCUGCUCUUUAUGUGCUGCACUCACUCACUCCUCUUGCCAAGUAUGAAGAACACAGGGUGCUGGAGCUGCUUCAGGCCGCAGGAGACGCUUCGUCUGGAGACACUCAGAGCAGCUCCGUCCAGCGCAACAUCACCAUGUUCAGGGGCUUCUGUGCCAUGAAAUACGCCGUCUAUGCUGUGUGCGUGAACACGCGUAUCGGCUGCUCCAACUUCGGAUCAGUGCAUGUACCACAGAAGGAGCAGGCUGAAGGUGUGUACGGUCACUCGUCCCUGUUUCAGCAUUACCUGUCGGAGUGUCAGCUCUACCUGGAAGCAGUCCCUACAAUGUUUCGCCUGGAGCUCCUGGAAAACAUCUUCUCUCUACUUUUCCUGUGCUACUCUGACUUUAGUGUGCCAGUGCACUCCAGCACAGGGAGGGAAGAGAGCAGCAGCAGCGAUGACAAGAUCACAAAGGAGAACAGUGAAAGAGAAGAGAAGGCAGAGUGUGCUGCGAGUUUUAAGUCUGCCCAGACGACGGCGGCCUGCCGUGGCUUCAUGCUGGACACUGGUGCGAUGGAGGGAGUCCUGCGCCUUCUCAGAGAGGGACUGGAGGGGAUGUGUGCCCUCGGGAGAGCGCUGGAGGCCGAGGCGGAGCUUUUUGAGAGUCUGGGCUGCUCGGUUACAAUGGAGACAUUCAGCUCUCGGUUGCAGAGGCUCUCCAAACACACGGCAGAGGCUCAGUGGAGGCUGCAGGUUGUCAAAACCAAUCAGGGGACCGCAAGCAGUAGUGUAACUCUGCCCUACCUAGGCAUGAACUCGGUUACCUCACUGAGACGUAGUAGCAGCAGCAGCAGCGGUGUUUCUGGUGGCAGGAAGAAGAAGCGAUACAAUCGGCAUCGCCCUGAGCGACGCAAGCCCUCCGAACGCCGCCUGACCUCAGAACGUCAGAAUGGAGAGAUCAGCACCAGCACUUCAGAUGGCAGUGCUGGCACUGUGCCGGUGUGUGUGGAGUAUGAAAUGUGUGGGUGUGGAGGACCUCACAGCUGGCUUGUUCCCUCAAUGCUCUCCCCACCUGAGUCUCUCCUGAUCUCCUGCAUUCGCAGAGGAAACUAUGCAGAGGCUCAUCAGGUGAUGCUAAUGUUCGGGCUGGAGAACACACCAUGCUGUGGGGAGCUUUUCUUCAUGGAACGUUACCACGAGGUUCUGUCUGAACUCGCUCAGGUUGAGCAGAAGAUCGAGAGCCAGUCUCUUUCUUCACUCUCCUCUUCCACGGAGGGUCUGGGGUCAGUCGGGGUGACGGGACCGGGACGGAAUCGCGUGGGCAGCAGCAGCAGAUCCACUCUGCAGAGCAUCGGCCACGCAGCUGCAGCAGGCAUGGCAUUCUUCUCCAUCUCUGAUGUGGCCGAUCGUCUCCUGAGCUGUUCCUCUCGCCCUCUGGCCUGUCUCGAGGAGAACUACUGGCUUUCUCAUCCUCUCUCUGACCCCUCAGACCCCCUGCGCCCCCUGCUGGAGGAGCUGAGUCCGACCAGCAUGGCCGCUUUUGACCUUGCCUGCUGCCAGUGCCAGCUGUGGAAAAGCUCAAGACAGCUUCUGGAGACGGCUGAGAGAAGAUUGCAUGCCUCGCUGGAGGGUCGAGGCAUCAUCUUGUAUCCAGAUGCUCUUCAUUCUGAGGGUAUUCGAGGUUUCCCUAAAGUACUGCAGCAGAUCAGUAAAAUCCUUAACAGAACAUCGACCAGCAAAGGGCCACCCAAAUCAGACCGAGAGGAGGCUGGUGUUAUACCUCCGUUUGGCUGCAGUGCUCAGGAAGUUCUUCUCUGUACUCACUCGUCUCUCACUGAGGAAGUCAUAGCUAACCAGCUCACGCUCAUCCAACACCUUGAGGUCACAUUGCAGACUCUGACCUCGGCCAUCGACAUGGCUGGGGAGAGUCAGUCGGCCAGCUCAGUCCUGGCAUCUUUGCUGGAGCAGACGGGCCUGAAGCAGUCCGAGCUCGACUCCCAUCCUGUCCGAUCUGCUAUGAAACAGCUGCUGCGCUUGCUGGACCAGCUUAGCCCUUUCGAUCAGGAUGCUGCAGCCUGUAGGCCAGAUUACAUGCGCAGCUUCCUGGAUUAUAUCAACAUGCUGGCGUCAGUGGUGGUGCGCAGCCUGGGCUCUGAAGAUCAGAGUUCAGCAGUGAAAUUGGGCAACCCUCUGCUAGUGCUGCUGCAGUCGCCUCAACAGCUCCUCUCACACCUGCUCUUCGACAGGCAGGUCACACCUGACAGGUUAUUGUCUCUGCUGCAACAGGAGGGUCUACACGUAAACGUGCAGCAGGUCAUAGUGCAGCGCUGCUGUGAUCCGCUCCCUCUCUGGUUCCCGGCCUCCCUGAAAAGUGCAGGAGCAGAUGUAGGAGCUUUCUGCCCAUCUAGUAUCGCCUCGCUCCUCCAUCAGCAUGCUCAGGAGCAAACUCUGUCCUUUGACCUUUCUGAACCCCCAACGGUCUCUGAACCCAGCUCAGAAUCCGAGGCAUCUGUAGAAACCAGCCACUCUCCGAAUCUCUCCACCUCUCCUCCUUCUCCAGAUUCGUCUUUAUCCUCGUCCUCAUCUUCGUCAUCGUCAUCAUCAUCCUCCGCCUUGUCCUUCCUUCUCACGCCGUCUGCGCUGUCGUUUCUGAAAUCCCGCUCUCCGCUUGUCGCUGUCCUGGCAUUGCUCGGAGUGAGCCGGGUGGAGAUUGCUCGUGCGGCCUCAUCUGCAUGGCCGGGACUGCCCUCAUAUUUCCGAAGCGCUGCACGUAAAGAAGCUCCAUUGGACUUGGAGCAGAUCUCAAAAGAGGCUGAUGGUUUGCUUGCGUUCUUCCCUAUCCUCAAGGCCUUCCUAGAGGACAUGGCAUCGCCUGUGCUGGGGUUGUCUCCUGAGGUUGGGGAUAGUGUUGGAGCUGCUCUGAGCAGGAAGUGUGGCACAGUGGCUGUGCUCUUCUCUGGGUCUCAGGAUGGAACUUGUCAGGCGACGGUGGCUGAAGCUUUCCAGCAGGCCCUGAGCACCAGAGACAUAAACCGAGCUCUGGGCCUGCUGGACCUGUACGCACAGAACUGCAGCCAGAAGGGGGCGCUACGAGACAGACUGCUAGCCUGCACCACUUUGGAGGGAGAGUACGGUACAGAGCAGCUGUUUCGGGUGAAGGACUGGGAGCUGCGAGCCCGUGUGGCGCUGCAGGGUUUGGAGCAGUGGCCACUUGACAAGUGUCUGGAGCUGUUGCAGUUCUGCCUCAGUGACUCGAGUCCGGAUCACACACUCACCCCGCAGCUACGACAGAAGAAACACGAACUCGACAUGUACAACAGGAUGCUGAACCUACAGCCUCCAUUGGAGUGGCAGACGUGGCAGGAGUUGAAGGAGGAGUCGAGCAGAAACCCCGAGUCAAUGUUCUCUCUCUUGCUGCAGACACGGGAGUUUGAUUUGUGUGCUCAGUGGGUGCAGCUGUAUCCCGUAUCGGAGCAAUCUAAACUCCAGCUCCAGACUGAACAUCUGCUCCAUCUGCUGGACAGCGGCCGAACCGAGGAAGCCUUCCAGCUGCUCGAGAGACUCUCUGAUUCGCUGGAGGUUAGCGAGCGUGCACUCGAUCGGAGGCCCGGAUUGGCCGCCUGCCACUUCCUGUCUGAUUACCUCACACUACACUUUCAGAGCCGGAUGACCCCGGCACGAAGACGCCACAUACACGCCCUGCACCUGGGCUCUAAGGUGUUGCUGACUCUUCCAGAAGCCUCUCGGCAGGACUACUUCCAGUUGCUGGCGGAUCCUCUGCUCAUGCUGGAGCAGCUGCUGAUGAAUCUGAAGGUGGACUGGGUGUCAGUCGCCGUCUCGACGCUCCAGAACCUGUUGCCGGCUCAGGAAGCAGGAAUAACCACCCAGGACAUCGAUACGCUGCUGGCCGAGUACGCAAAGAAAGCCCUGGACUUCCCCUACGCCCCUCGAGAGAGGUCACGCAGCGAUUCUGUGAUCAGCUUGCAGGACGCACUGCUGCAGUGUCCCAUUCAGGAAAGUGCUCACUCUUCUCCCAGCCGCACACCACCUCCUUCAGCAGGCAGCACUCCCAUGCAUACUCCAUCAAGCUCUGCCCAAGACCAAGACAGAGGUUCGGGUGGGAAGAAGUCCCGCUCCUCGUCCAUGUUUACCCCUCCAGAAAAAACGCCAGAGCGUAAAGACUGGAUUCCUGACCACCAGAGGCACAUCUGCAUGGUCUGCCAGAGAGAACGAUUCACCAUGUUUAACCGGCGGCAUCACUGCAGGCGCUGCGGCCGACUGGUGUGUCACGCUUGCUCCAGCAGGAAGAUGGUGGUGGAGGGGAGUGAGGAGGCUGUCCGAGUGUGUGACCAGUGCUACAGCUUCUUCCACACAGCUUUGGAUGAAGAGCUGGAACAAGCAGAAGUAGCAGGCAGUCCAGUCUCGGGUGAGGCAGCGCUAGAAGGCGUCCUCAGUCUCCCGGAGGUUCCCCAGAGGCAGUUCAGACUCAGUCCCAACGCAGCGGAGAACCAGCAGAUAUACAGCGAAUUCUACUACGAACAGGCACCCAGUGCAUCCCUGUGUGUGUCCAUCCUCUCCCUUCAUAGUGACCACGCCGCCUGCGGUCACCAGCUGAUUGGUCACUGCUGCUCGAUCUCACACAAACUGACCAAUCCUGAGGUGGACGCUCGUCUCCUGACUGACAUCAUGCAGCAGCUCAUGUUCAGUGCUAAGCUGAUGUUUGUUAGAGCUGGACGCAGCCAGGACCUGGCUCUGUGUGACAGCUACAUCAGUAAGGUCGAUGUGCUAAAGAUCCUGGUCAGUGCUAAUUAUAAGUACAUCCCAUCUCUGGAGGACAUUUUGGAGACGACGGCAGUGACACGCCUGAGGAACCAGCUGCUCGAGGCUGAAUAUUAUCAGCUGGCUGUGGAGGUCUCCACAAAAAGUGGUCUGGACCCGAGCGGCGUGUGGCACGCAUGGGGCAUGGCGCUCCUGAAGGCCGGCUGUAUGCGGGCAGCCCGGGAGAAGUUCGCCCGCUGCCUGAAAGCUCCAGUGGACAGAAACCAGCUGAACCAAGGGACACGUCUGCUGCAGGAUAUCGUCCAACACCUGGAGUCUAGCAUCCGACUCACGUCGAGCACAACAGCAGAUGAUGACAUCAUGGCUUCCCUGAAUGAGCUAGAGGAGGCGCUGCGUGAUACGGCUACGCUGGACCGGAUGGAGAGCCGGGUGCAGCGCUCUGGACACCAUCAGGAGUGUGUGUACUAUCUGAUGAGCUACGGAACACACCUGAGCCUCAUCUCCUUUUACUUGCGCCACGAUUGCCUGAAAGAUGCUCUCACAUAUCUGCUCAGCAAGGAAUGUCCAGAGGAUGUGUUUCUGGAGGGCAUACUUCAGCCGUGUUUGGAACGAGGGCGACUGGGCGUCCUGCAGGGGCUCCUGGAGACCCUGGAUGCUACGCUGGAAAGCUGGGGGCGAUACCUGAUACCAGCGUGCCAAAUGCUCCAGCGCAAGGGUCAUUUCCACACCCUGUACCAGCUGCAGCAGUUCAUGAUGGACCACGUACGAGCAGCUAUGACGUGUAUCCGCUUCUUUUCCCACGAUGCUCACUCCUAUGUUGAGCUGGGCGAUCACCAGCGCUGGCUGAUCCGUGCCAAAGAGCACCUGAGGGCCUUCCUACAAGAGCAACAGAACCGCCGCAAAACCUUUUCCUCUUCGUCCUCUUCUUCUUCUUCCUUCAGGAAAAGAAUGAGCUCCAGCGAUGUCUCCAGACACAUGAACACCAUCAUGCUGCAGCUGGAGGUGACACGAUUUCUGCACCGAUGUGAAAGCUCCUCAUCCUCCUCUAGAACCGUGACAAGCCCCACCUCUACAGGAAACGGUGCCCCUCCCACUCUUUUUGGAGGAAGUGCGAUGAAGGUGGACGUGGCCUGCAGGGUGAUGCUAGGGGGUAAAAACAUUGAGGAGGGGUUCGGCAUUGCAUAUCGCGUCAUACAGGAUUUUCAGUUAGAUGCUCUGGCUGUGUACAUUCGUGUUGGUCAGAGGUUGGUGUGCCUGCGUGAGUACCAGGCUGUUCGCCAGCUGCUGAAGUGCGUUAGUGAGUCGGGCACUGCCACUAAACACGACUGCGACACCAUUGUGAUUAGCUGCAUCUCGGCCUCAGACAAAAACCCUGCUGAUGCCAGAGAGUUGGAGUGUCUGAUUUUAGAGUGCAAAUCCACAGAGAAUAAAAUAAAAGCGUACCUGAUGUGCAGUAAGCUAAGGGCGGCGUACCUCCUGGCGGUAAAGCUGGACCCUGUGAAGGCCUGUUUGCUCGUACAAGAUGUCCUCCAGGCUGCCGAAACCUCGAGCGACUCCAUCAUGCAAGAGAUCUGCCGUCAGUGGCUCUCAGAACACCAGGACCCGGCUUCACGGAAACGCCAUGGCAACAACAGGUAGCAUCGGAGGCAGAAAUUCUGAUGGACUGUAGCUUCAGAAGGCCGAUUUACGCUGACUGUUUGGGCGGUUUCGGAAUUGUGAAAUGCUGGAAGUGAAUGACCAACAUGCUUUUUUGAUGUCACAUGAUCAGGUCACGUGACUUUAAAGCCAAAUCCAUAACCAACCCCUAUUUGUGUGCCAUAGUUGCACAUGCCUACGCGAGAGGCAUACAGAUUUCUCUUUGGCAGCAUAGUAGGCACGUUACUGUUUAUUACAGAGAAAUAUAACGUACAAAAGCCAGUACUCAAGAAUCGUGGCAUUGAAUUACUUUAUCGAAAAACCACUCACACUUUUACUGCACUUUUUUCAUAUGAGUAGAUGAAGUGAACAGACCGGAAAAAUGUCUUACUCAAAAUUUUCCGUAUUACAGAUUCAAUCAGGCCAAGAAAGAGAAGCUAACACUUCUCAUCACACACACCUCUGAGAAAACAGUG